AUGAAAAGCAAUAUGAUAGGUGUGAAAUCUAAAGCUUAAAUAGUUCCUUUAGAUAAUUCUGAAAUUAAAAAUUUGAGAGAGGAGGUUAUAAGAACAAAAAUUAUUGAUGGAGGUAGCAACUAAUAAAAACAAUUUUUGUUGCAAGAGUAAAAUUAAAAACCAAGUUAAAUGGAUUUACAAUAACUGAAUGUGCUAAAAGAAUAAGAAGGAUAGCAUUUAGAGUAAAUUCCAAAUCAAAUUAAUUAAAUAUCUUAACUACAUGCACUAAGAUUUGUUUACAUCAAUCGAUUUGCAUAAAAGAUUAAGCAGUAUUCUUCCUACUACAGAUUUACUCAAACAAAAAAGAGAUUUUUACAGAUUAUAGGUGAUUAUGCAUUUGAUUACGAUGUUUACUUCUACUAGCGAAUUUUCAAACAUGAUUAACCCAGCAGACUACAAAUUAUUAUCAAAAAUAUUGAGGCUUGGUUGGAAAGAUAGAUAACCACACUAGAUUAAAAAUCAGGAGCUAUUAUGUUACCAAGCUCUUCUGUAAAUACGAUUUGGAACUUAGUUUAAUUUAUCUUUGUGUUGAUCUAUAUCAUAUAUUUACCAAUAAGACUGGCUUUUGACAGUUUACAUAGAUAGAAAGGAUAUUUUACAGUUUUAGAAGUUAGUCCAAAUAUCAUCUAAAUCAUAAACAUGUUCUUCGAGUUAAAUACAGGCUUUUAUAGACAUGGCUAAAUUAUUUUAGAUAGAUGGGAAAUAUGUUCUAACUAUUUCAAAUCAAGAUUUAUAUUUGAUUUCGUCAUAAAUAUUUGCUGGCUGAUUUCUCUUAACCCUGAUAUUUCUGUUUGGGUCAAAUGCUUUGGGCUUUUAAGGUUAUUCACUUUAUUUAGAUUAUUAAAAGAGUUAGAUCAAGCUAACUUCCUCAAAGAAAAAUAUGGAAAUAUAUUUGAACUGUUAAAACUAAGUGGCUGUAUCUUUCUUUUUGCUCACUUAGCAUGUUGUUGUUGGUAUGCAUUAGCAGUCUAUGAAGAUGAUAUAGGUAUUUAAAAUACCUGGCUUAAAAAGGACAUAUAAAACUAUGAAUUAGAUCUUAAUCUUAAUUUAAAACUCUAAGGAUAUGUUGCUGGAAUAUAUUACUGUAUAGUUACUAUGACCACAAUAGGAUUUGGUGACAUAUCUCCUAUUACAUACAGAGAAAGGAUUUUUACACUUAUUUUCUGUAUUUUAUCUUGCUUCUUAUUUGCCUUUACUAUGGGAUCAAUAGGUGAGAUUGUUAAAUAGUUUUCAUUGAAGGGAGAGGAGUUUAAAUAAAAGAUGGAAAUGCUGAACCACUAUAUGAAGAAGAGAAAUUUGAGUUAGAAUCUUUAGGUUAGAGUUAGAAAAUAUUAUGAAAAUCAAAAUUAAGAAUCAUCCGAAGAUAAUGAAUGUGGGUCUAAAUUGAUAGAUAAUCUCACUCCUGAAUUAAGAGAAGAUGUUUAAAAAGAUAUUUAUUCGUUUCUUUUUAAAAAUAUUAGCUUUUUCUAAAUAAACUUUUCUGAGAGACUUAUUCAAAAUAUCUACAGGAUAGUAGAAGAAAAACAAUUUUAAAUAGAUGAAAAAAUAUUUGAAGAAGGUUAAAAAUCGGACAAAUUAUAUGUUAUCAUCAAGGGGCAAGUUUAACUUUUGCUUCAAAAUAGACAUAGUAUAGUUACAAAGAGGGAAGGUGAAGUUCUGGGAUUUGCAGAGUUCUUUUCGUAACAACCUUUUUAAUUUUCUGCAAAGGCAAGCAGAAAUACUUAAGUUGCAGUUAUUAAAUAUGAUGACUUUAUUAAACUUACAUCAGAAAAUUAGCACGAUAAUGUAAUUUAUAUUUUUAAUUUUUAUAAUCAAAUAUUAAAUGAAUGUAUUUGUUUUUUAUUUUGGAAAAGGAAGUAUAAUUCUAAAUCAAAGAUACUAUUCUGCUUAAUAAUGAAUUAUGCUCUAUUUAAGGUAUUAUUUGUGAAAGUUGUGGUUAGACUGACCACAUCUUUUAAAAUUGCCAAAUAGUAAUUCACAAUCAAAAGUAUAAGAAGAACGCAGUUUAGUAGAACAAGCGAAAGCAAAUAACUAGAUAGGAGUGGCUCAGAAGGACACAGAGCUACUAAGCGCUUGUUAAUAGAUAACUUAUAGAAAUAAGAGCAUUAGAGUAAACAGAAGAUUCUGAAUAAGAAAAAAAAACUAACAAUGAUUUUCUUCAUACUCAAUUCACAGUAAAUAAUAUAUCUAUGAAGACAUUAAAUGCUUUAGGUAUUAGCGAGGGUGAAUGCAUAAAAGAAGAAGAAGAAUAAGUAGGAGUAUAAGAUUGGAACUUUAAAUAAAUUGAAAACUUAGCUGAUGAUUCAAAAGUAAAUCAUGAAAUUGAAGAGUAAAAAUUUGUAAAUUAAAAUUAUGAUCCCUUUACGAAAGAGAGGUCAGAAGGGAUUUUUAAAUUUUAGUCAAGAAAAAUAUAAAAAAAUGUUAUUAAACUUCCUAGUAUCACUCAAGUUUAGUAGAUGAUUUUUCCUAAAACUUUAGAAGAAAUAAAUUAAGAUAUUUUAGUCUCAAAUUAAAAACUAUAGUAUUUAACUUCUUAAAGAAAAUAUUCUGUAAAUUUAACUCUUAAAACCAGUAGAUAAUAGCAUAACAGAAAUCCUUAUGGAUAGAUAUUAUCUAAGCAAACAACUUUAGAUGAUUUAAAAAGAUAGAUUAAUGAAGAAAUGUAAAAAUAACAUCAACAUUCACCAAUAUAAAAAACAGUUAUUAGUGCUAUGAAUGAACAAGAAAAUGUAGAAAAUUACAAUUUUGAAAUAAAGUUCGAUUUAAUGAAUUUAUUUAAAUACUAUCUUGUUCAUAAUAAUUAUGACACAGUCUUAAAUCAAUUCAAUCAGAUUAUUGAAAAAAAUAAAAUCUAUCAAGAACUUGUGUUAAAAUCAAGAAGAAAAAGGCAGCAACAAGAAUAAACAAAAGUAAACAUUCAAAAAUAAAGAAAAUAAACCUAUAAGAGAAUUCCUACUUCUUAAAAAUUUUAUUUAAUGAAGCAGAGAAACUAGAGAAUGUCUACUACAGAAUAAUCUUUUUUACUGUCUUGUAAUUAAGCAACAACGUAAAGAUCAAAUAUAGAAUGAAUUAAAUACCAUAAUACAUAAUAUCUGUGUUAGUCAAGUAGAUUAUAUUGAUUCAAAAAAUUUUUAAACACUAAAUUUAUCUCAAUAAAAUUAAAAAAAACAAUUUAUUAAUUGAAGCAACUAGGUAUUUAUAAUUAUUUAAAAACAUACUUUAGUUGAUACAAAAUAAAUAAUUUGAUAGUAAUGUUUGUUUUUUAUUUAAAUUUAUAUUGAUAAAUUUAUAAUUCUUCAUUCAAAUAUUCAACUUAAU